CAACCAAUUCACAUCCUUCUUGGCCUGGUCCAAUCCUCUUUCCUUCUACUCUCAAUCUUCUACAUCUCUCCUGUUCCUAUUGUGGGCCAAGUGUGCCACCUCCCCCCAUUUUCUCAACUCUACCCGACUUGACCCUCUCCUGGUCACCGUCGAGUCCACAGAUGUAUCCAGUAACAACACAGUCGCACCUGCAACAGCAGCAGUCGCAUCCUCUAUCUGGAGCUUCCUCCCUUGAGUCUUCCUAUCCUUACCAUCACCCUACACCACCUUACUAUAGUCAAGCAGAGACCUUUCAAAACUAUAAAGGCCCCUCGCCUACUCGACAGCAUCAACAACAACAGCAUACACAGCCAAGGCAAUCUCAACAGAAAUAUCUAGCAACUCCAUCGAGCGUCUUUCCAGCCACAUGUCCUCAAGUUGUACCACAGCAACAACAGCACCACCGCCUGCAGCAACGGCAGCAUCAAGCUCCGUCUCCCUUGGUCAUCAAUACCAAAUUUACUAUCCCAGUAGGCAACAUCAAUCCCAGCUCAGGCCCUAACUCGGACCAGAUCCAGUCCCCGACCUCUAACAGAAAGCAUCAGCAACAAUCAAUAGCUCAGCUGGCUGAGUUUGCUGCCCACAUGGUAUGCUACCUACUUUAUGGUCAUCAGCCGCCUAAAAACAAAAGUCGCAACAGCCAUUGUUUUGGUACCCCUCCAUCAUCCAUCCCUUCUUCUCCCUUGCCGGGCUACACUACAUCGUCCUGUCCUUGCGAAACAUGUAGACGAAUGGUCUCGUGCUCACCAGCAAGAUCAGCAUCCGCUGCCUCUACAUAUCCAUCAGCUACACAGGUGCAACAAGCUCCGCAAACUCGGCCAACCCACCGUAGAAUCUUGUCUGAAUCAGAUAUUAUUCAACCAAAACCAAUGUUUCGUAAAUUCUGUCUAGAUGUUCUUAGCGCCACACUCCUCUCUCCCAGUGUCGUUUUGUUGUCUCUUAAAUACAUCCAACAAUUGAUGAUCAACCUCAAAGAAUCAAACAAAAUCGUCAACACCGGGGAUGGUGCCGAAUACCGCUUCUUCACCGGGGCUUUGAUCCUUGCAAACAAAUUUCUGGAUGACAACACUUUCACCAACAAGACAUGGGCAGAUAUCACAGGCAUGAAGAUCAAGGAUGUGAACCAUCUGGAGAUGCAGUUUCUCAAUGGUAUUGACUUUAGACUCUUCACCAGUUCCAGUCACUACUCGGAAUGGCUCGCCAAUUUGACUCAAUUCACCGGGACAUACAUGCCAUCGCAGCACCAGGUUGCUUAUCAACAACAGGCAGCCGCAGCCCAGUUUCCGCUUUCCCCAAUGGAAACCGUUAGCACCGUUAGCACACCGGUGGAUUCAGGCACUACGUCAGUGCGAUCCCAUGGAUCAGCAAUGGAAAUUAGCCGUAGCUUGCAGUCAAAUCCCUCGCUUCCGUUCUCCAUGGCCUCUAUCUCAAAUUACAUUGACAACGUGAAGCAAUUGCAGCAAAGGAGCAACACAUCCAUUGGCCGCUAUCAGAGGGUGCCCUCGACAUCCUCUGCCUAUAGUCACCAAAGUCAAGGCGUACAUGGCUCUGGAGGACAUCCGUCUCAGCAUCAUCAGUACGUCUCCUUGCCUCCGUCAUCCUCCACUAUACAACACAGUUCAGGACAGCAAUCAGCCGGCAUUGGAUCGUCAUACCAUGGUUCUUCAGCGUCAUACAUGUCGUCACCUGCUGAUAUGUCAUACUCUUAUCAACAAGGAUUGCCGGAACCCAUUCAGCGCAAACGAUCUGCUAACAUCGCUUUUGACGAUCUCAAGGAGAGCAACGCUGGCUAUGAUGGAGCACUGCCCCAUUCAACCUGCGCUGCCCCUGUCAUCGUCCCUACACACAAACGUUUUUCGUCAUCAUCAUCUGUGAGUGCUCUAAUGGGUCUCUCGAUAGGGACGCCGGGCCAGGAUGUACUUCAUAAUGGUUUAUCCCCAGUAUUCCACCAUCAACGCCACCAGCAGCGUUCUCAACAGCCAACAUCGCUUUCAUCUCGAGCAAGCAGUGGCUCAUUGUCAGCUUCAUACAGAGGCGAGCAUCAACGAAGCGCAUCCGGAAGCUAUUACAUCGAUAUGACUGGAUACUCUUCUACAUCCUAUGGUCAAGAACAACCUCACUUCGCCAUGUCCAUGCCCAACAGCUUUUCGCGACAAGGCGCAGUCCAUCCAUUGGAAAAGGAUCCAGAGUAUAGCCGACGUCCCUCAUCCAGAGCCGAUGUAUAUGGCGCCCCGCAAACGAUCCAUCAUGCACCACAUCCAACUGGAGGUCGUCAUAUCUGUCAUCCAGCCACUCCCCCAUCUUAUCCAUCCAACAAAUGUGAGCCAUCAUGCUACUCUGUAGAAUGCGGACAAAACAUGAAUGGUGGUGGAUCAAGUUACGACGUUGACCCCCGUCUUUGGGGACCUCUGGAUAGCCUUUCGCUCUAUGCGAUCACAACACAGGCUGCAAAGCGUGUUGUUGCUCAUAGCAAAGCUCUUUCUUCUUCAGCAAAUGGCCUUCACAUGUAUUACCCAACAACGUUGGCGUGAUGAAUGAUAAACACUAC